UAACCCCUUGAAUUCCAUGGCUGAGCACUACAUGGUAUUGGAUGGUACUGGAUUUGUUGUGACGUCACUGCGUGCGCGUACGCGACUGCGCUAGAACAUACAUUUCCCAAUCUCUGGCGUUAAUGAAGUCUUUAAUAAUCUGAAAAUUGAGAAGAUUAGCGUCACCUUUGAGGGAGAACCCAAUGAACUCUAUUCGCAUGCCAUGCUUCCCAAAGAUCAUCUCGAACAGAUCGUGAACAUUUUCGGUGCCCACAAUAGCAAUUGGCCAAUUCUUCAACGAAAGAUAUGCGCUCUUCAAGGAUUUCCGAGCCUUUCCUAACGAUAAUCUACAUGGCUCCGGAAGACCCCUACAAUGCCUGAGUGAUUGCAUCACAUUGCAUAUGACCAAGAAAGCCGACGGAGUUGGGGAUUUUAGGUGCUACGUUUACCUUCUGCAGGAUGCUCAGCUGAAUCUCUUAUAUGGCAGGUUUCAUAGCGUGGAAUACUAAUGACCACAACUCGUGUUUGUCCUCCAAGGGUAAAAAUGAGUCAAUAUGGAAAACAAGAGCUGUUCAAAAUGUAAUAGGGAUCUUUUGCUAGAUGCAUUUAGGGUGUUGGGAAAUGCUCAAACUACAAAUACAUGCAUCAAAUGCCUGCAUAAAAAGAAGGCGUAACGGGAACGUAACAAAUGUCCUCAUGAUAGGCAAAGAUCAGAGUGUAAAGACUGUGCAGGGUGUUAAAUAUGCCACCAUCAAAGGAUGAGGGCCUAUUGUAAAGAAUGCGGGGGCAGUCAGAUUUGUCCCCAUCAAAGGCAGAGAUGCAUCUGCAAAGACUGCAAGGGCAGUCAGAUUUGUCCUCAUGAAAGGAUGAGAUCUCGGUGUAAAGAAUGCAAGAGUAGUCAAAUCUGUCAGCAUAAAAGGAGGAGAGCUUGCUGUAAAAAAUGCAAGGGUAGUGAAAUCUGCCAGACUGAAAGCAGGAGAGCAUGCUGUAAAGAAUACAAGGAUAGUCAGAUUUGCCCUCAUGAGAAAUUAAGGUAUCGCUGUAAGGAAUGCAAGAAGGAUAAACAAUUAGAGGGAACCAGGAGCUGCCCGAAGUGUAAAAACGUGUUGGGCCUAGAUGAAUUUAGAGUGCUGAGAAAUGGAAAGACGGCAAUAAUUUGUAUAUGUUGCCAGGAUAAAAAGAAGGAAUCACGGGAACGUAACAGAUGCCCCCAUGGUAGGCGGAGGUCUCAAUGUAAAGAAUGAUGCGGUAGAGAUAUAUACCAGCAUGAAAGGAGGAAGGCUUAUUGUAAAAACUGUAAGGGCGGUCAGAUUUGUGAGCAUGAGAGACAUAAGGUUUGCUGUAAGGACUGUAGGAAGGGCAAACAGCUGGAAUAAAUACAGCUUUAUUCUGUGGAAUAUGAGUGACCACAACGCGUGUUUGUCCUCUGGGGCAAAAACCAAUCAAUAUGUAUGAGACUAAGAGCUGCACGCAAUGUAAGCGCUAUCUUUGUUUGGACAAUUUUAGGAUCAAGGGGAAUGGUCAACUAACAAAAAUGUGCAUAGCUUUCCCGGAUAAAAGGAAGGCGUCACGUGAACGUAAAAAAUGCCCCUAUUAAAGGCAGAGAUCUCGUUGAAAGGACUGAAAGGGAAGUGAAAUCUGCAAACAUGAAAGGAUAAGAACAACGUGUAAGGACUGUGGGUAAAGUCAGGUGUGCAGUGAACAUGGUAGGAUAAGAUAUCAGUGUAAAGAGUGUGGGGGUGGAAGUUUCUGCGGUGAACAUGGCAGGCGAAGAUCCCGGUGCAAAGCCUGAGGGGGUGGAAGCAUCUGCAAGGAUAAAAAAGUGAGGGCCUAUUGCAAAGAGUGUAAGGACACGUUUUUGCGCGGCAAAAAAAGCAAGAUUUUGGAUAACUAAGUUUGACGUGGCUUGAGAAAUAUAACUUGUAGCGUACAACUUUUUCAAAUUAUGGACACAAUUAGAAAAAGAUUGAAAUUGUGUCCUGUUUUUUCCCUUUUUAAAACAAUGUUUUGUUUCGGAGUAUUAAGUCAUUCUUUUCCGGAGCAAGACUGGAGCAAAAAAGUCUUUCAUAAGAUUUGAGGUAAAAAAUCUUUAGAUUUUUUCCAUUUUAAUCCCAAUUUUUUUAAAUAUUUUUUAUUGAUAUAGGUUUAUUAGGUAUUACUGCUUUCGAUUACAAAAAAAUAUAUGAAAAAAAGAGCAAGUUUGGAGCUAAUAGUCCCUAGCAAUAAAUUUAGCGACUAACUGUAAUAGAAUGGUAUCUUACAAAAAUCCCGAAGUGUUCUUUUAUUUUAUGUUAAACUAUUCUUCAAGCUGUGCAUUUUUCGGGUAUUUGAAUAUCUAUAAUCCGAUGUGCAAAUGUUAAUUUGUGCAAAAGCAUAAAGCGUAUUAUCAUUAAUGACUAUUUGCUGCAAAAUUGCUCUUAUUUUAGUCUAUUUUCUCAUA